AGGGGAUGGUGACGCCACUUCCGGCUCCGGUAGCAGGAAGCCGAAGAAGAACAAACUGCGGCGAAAGUGAAUUACAAGGAAUAUAUACAAAAUGAGUGACGAAUUUUAUCUGGAGCUGAGUGAAAAUCCGGUGCAGUUUGAAAAUGCAUCCAGUGUCAAUAACGUUUUCUUCGAUGAAGCGAAUAAACAGGUGUUUGCAGUGCGUUCAGGGGGAGCUACGGGUGUUGUGGUUAAAGGUCCAGAUGACAAGAGCAGCGUGGCCUUCAGAAUGGAUGAUAAAGGAGAAGUGAAGUGCAUCAAGUUCUCGAUAGGAAAUAAAAUCCUGGCUGUACAGAGAACAGCUAAAUCUGUGGAUUUCAUCAACUUUAUUCCUGACUGUCCACAUACAGAGUUUACACAGGAGUGUAAGACAAAAAAUGCAAAUGUGUUGGGAUUCUGUUGGACCAACUGGAAUGAAAUUGUCUUUGUGACUGACCAGGGAAUAGAAUUUUAUCAGGUGUAUCCAGAUAAGCGAAGUUUGAAGCUGCUGAAGAGUCAGAGUAUAAAUGUGAACUGGUACCAAUAUUGUCCAGAAACAGCCGUCAUCCUACUGUCCACUACUGUGCAAGGAAAUGUCCUGCAGCCAUUUGUCUUUAAGAAUGGGACCAUGUCCAAGAUGUCAAAGUUUGAAAUCGAGCUGCCAGUCGUCCCGAAACCGGCCAAACUCAACCUUUCAGAGAGAGACAUUGCAAUGGCAACAAUAUAUGGUCAGCUGUACGUCAUGUAUCUGAAGCAUCACUCCAGAACAGCCAACAGUCCCAGUGCAGAGGUUGUGCUGUAUCACCUACCCAGGGAGGGUGCCUGUAAAAAGAGCCACGUGUUGAAGCUGAACACGACAGGAAAGUUUGCUCUGAACAUUGUUGACAACCUGGUCGUGGUUCAUCACCAAAGCUCUCGGACGUCGCUGAUCUUCGACAUCAAGCUGAAGGAGCCUGAAGGAGCCGUCAACACACACCAGCCUGUCCUACCUGCUCGCUCCAUACACCCCUACAGGAUCCCACUCGCAGGUCCAGCAGUCGUUCCCACUCAGCCUCCUGUUUCCUGUCAACUUUACUCUUCCUCCUGGAGCGUCUUCCAGCCUGAAAUCAUCAUCAGCGCCAGCGAAGGUUAACAGUGGUACCUGCAGGUGAAGCUGCCUCCCACUGUGAACCUGCUGCAGGACAAAGGCAAACUCAUGGACUUCCUGUUGAGACGCAGAGACUGCAAGAUGGUCAUCCUGUCCGUCUGCUCACAGAUGCUGGAGGGCGGUGGAGAGAACGGGAACCUGCCUGUCGUGGCCACAGUGUUUGACAAACUCAACCAGGUUUACAAGGAAUAUCUGGAGGCAGAGCAGAGUAACCCUGCGGCGAUGGAGUCCGGUCCAAGUCGAGGCAGUGCUGCUCAGAAACGUCCAAUCAUCACUCAAGCAGUCAUCGACCAGUCAGACAUGUACACUCAUGUUCUUUCAUCCUUCACAGAGAAGAAGGGAGUUUCUCACAAGUUCAUCAUAGCUGUUCUGAUGGAGUACAUCCGCUCUCUGAACCAGUUCCAGAUCACAGUUCAGCACUACCUGUAUGAGCUGGUGAUUAAGACUUUGGUGCAGCACAAUCUCUUCUACAUGCUGCACCAGUAUCUGCAGUAUCACGUCCUCAGUGACUCCAAGCCUCUGGCCUGUCUUCUCCUCUCUCUGGAGAGCACAUAUCCUCCUGCUCACCAGCUCUCAUUGGACAUGCUGAAGCGUCUGUCUACGGCCAACGAUGAGAUUGUGGAAGUUCUGUUGUCAAAGCAGCAGGUUCUGGAAGCUCUGAGGUUCAUACGCAGCGUCGGCAGUCAUGAUAACGUGUCGGCGAGAAAGUUUCUUGAUGCGGCUCAACAAACUGGAGACCAGAUGUUGUUUUACACCGUGUUUCGGUCGUUUCAACAGAGGAAUCAAAGAAUGAGAGGAAGUCCGGCCUUCAACCCUGGAGAACACUGUGAAGAACACGUCCAACACUUCGUUCAGCUGUUUGGAGACCAGUCACUGUUGAAGCCGUCGACUGUCUGAAUUGUGGCUUUGUUUUCUGUUAAGGUAAAAUAAGCUUUGUUACAAAAAAUAUUGACCCAUCUCUAUGAUACUAACAGAGAUUUAAAUGAAAAUAACAUUUCAUCAGCGAUUCUAAACUGUACCUGCAAUAAACGGGUAAAGAUGGAAAUAGUAGAAACCAAUUAUAUUACACCAAGGACCAACAAUUAACAUAAUGGUUUAAAUCUAAAGUUUCAGAAUUGUUAGUCAUCUUUUGAAAUUAAUAUAUAUGUAUGUAUGUAUAUAAAUAAAUCUUUACAUAUAUAACAGUGAGAAACAAAAUGUAUUAGACCUUCAAAUAUUAAUUAAAAGGUGCACUCAAAA